CGCUAACAACCAUACAAUAAUUACUAAGCAUAUAUGUACACCAACCCUACGAUCUUUAAGCCUUUGAUUCUUCUUGUCCUCUCUCCCCCUUCCCAUGUUUUAAAAAACUCCAUUAAUCCCACCUCAUAUCUUCAGAUCAAUGAAUCUCACCUACUAAUCUCUCUCCCUCUCAUUUACAUCAAAAAAAAAUUAUUUCUUUUACCCAAGUAAUGUUAUAAAUGCAGGCCAGCAAUAUCAACAACUCUCUCAUCAACAAAGCUCUCAUCUUCUGAAACUCUGCAAAAAGCCUCCUUUCUUUCUUCUUCAUCCUCUUCCACCAUGCCUGCAAAUCACUUCGUCUACCAAACACAGCAAGCUUGGAUUUGGGAUACAACUAUGGAGUCCUACCAUCGCCAUCAAAACCUGCACCUUGGCGAAGAAAUCAUGAACUGUGAGAAAGAGCCUAUGUUUGAGAAGCCAUUAACGCCGAGCGACGUUGGGAAGCUGAACAGGCUGGUGAUUCCUAAACAGUAUGCAGAGAAGUAUUUCCCACUGGAUGCAGAAGCAGGGGAGAAGGGUCUUUUACUGAGUUUUGAGGACGAGAAUGGGAAACUCUGGAGGUUUCGUUACUCUUACUGGACGAGCAGUCAGAGCUAUGUGCUGACUAAAGGCUGGAGUAGAUUUGUGAAAGAGAAGCAACUUGAUGCAGGUGAUAUCGUUAUCUUCCUCCGCCGCCGUGGAAAUGGUGACCGGCUCUUCGUCGGAUGUCGCCGGAGAGGAAGCGGACAGGAUUCCAUUACGGCGGCCUCGGCGGCGCAGUCGCCGGCGAUGCAGUGGAACCACCAAAGUCCAAGCAUGCCUUCUUCUUCUUACUUGUAUCUCAACUCGAUUCCAGAAGAGGAGCAGAGUUCAGAGGCGACCGUAGCGAGCACGGGGAAUUCGAAGAAACUGAGACUUUUUGGAGUGAAUUUGGAAUGCGGGCAUUUGAUUUCUGGUUCUCAGGUGAUGAACAGAAAUGCAUCCGGCCAUCAUCUAUAGUAAAAGGAAUUCCAAAAUGGGUGGAAGAAAAUCAGAAGCCAUGUUCCGAUAAUCCCACCAACCAAUCCCCACCUCUUACAAGUGACGCUUUGAUUGACUUGUGAGGGAACUAGUGAGGGAGAUUGAGAAGAAUUUGAUAUGACAGAGAGAAAGAGUAUGGGAAAGGAAGAGAGAGAGAGAGAGAGAGAGAGAUCCCUGGUUUUCAGGGUAAUCUGCAGUGGACUUUUUUUUUUUUUUGGGUGGAGGAAAUCAAGUGUACGGUCAUGUCUGGUGGGAUUGGGUGGGUAUGGGAUGUCACAGAGUGAAAUCUCAGGAAACAUCAGGUUGAAAAGGGUAAUGCGGAGUGGGAGAGAUAUGGGCGUGGCCCGCGCACAGUUCAGGCUUCGGACCUUCCCUCUCCAUGCCUCCCCUGUAGCUACUGUAAUUUCUUUUCUCCUUUAAUGGAACAAAGAUGGAAUCUACUGUUUA